GUGUAUUUUGAGGAAGUCCUUUAAUGAUGUUGCUGCGAAAAUAGAGUAAAGGGAAAAGUUCUUCAACCUUCGUUAUGUGGAGGACAGCUCCCUGUCUGCCCGGUAACAGGAUGUUACUUAAAAUAGUACUGGGCUUCCUGUGUGGUGUCACAGCUUUGGCUUCACAAAACGACACGGCUCAGCAGGGUCCUCUGCCGCUGCUGCUGGUGUCGUUCGACGGUUUCCGAGCCGACUACCUGAAGAGGUUCCCCAUGCCGAACCUGAAGCUCCUGCACAGCCAGGGGGUCCUGGUGGAGCAGCUCACCAACGUCUUCAUCACCAAGACUUUUCCCAACCACUACAGCCUGGUGACAGGGCUGUAUACUGAGUCUCACGGCAUGCUGGCCAAUAACAUGUACGACCCCAUCAGCCACAAGCACUUCCACAUCGGCAAUAACACCGACCCAAUGUGGUGGAGUGAGGCACAGCCCCUCUGGGUCACGGCUCUACGCUAUGGCUACAAGACGGCGGCCAUGAUGUGGCCAGGCUCCGACGUGAUCAUCGGCAACCGCACAGCGACGCACUUCUUUCACUACAACCCCAGUGUGACGUUUCAACAACGCGUUGGGAACGUGACAAACUGGAUGUUGGGAAAUGAAACGGAGCAGGGAGUGAAGUUUGCAGCUCUGUACUGGGAGGAACCGGACCGGUCAGGCCACAUGUAUGGCCCAGACAACGCCACUGCCAUGGGCAAAGCUUUAAAAGAGGUUGACGACAACAUCGGCCUGCUGAUGUCGGAGCUGAAGCGGACCGGCCUCUGGGGUCGCGUCAACAUCCUGGUAACCAGUGACCACGGCAUGGCUCAGUGCUCGGCCGAGCGCCUCAUACGGCUGGACGACUGCCUCCACCCCGACAACUACACACUGGUGGACCUCACACCUGUCGCCGCCCUCAUCCCGCUUAAAGAUCCUGAGGCCGUCUUCGCCCUGCUGAAAAAGUGCCACCCUCACAUGACAGCGUAUCUGAAGAGAGCCAUCCCCGAUAGGCUGCACUACCGGAACAACGAGCGCAUCCAGCCAAUCAUACUGAUUGCUGACGAAGGCUGGACCAUAGUGCGACGAGGGAACAAGCUGCCAAGAUUGGGUGAUCACGGCUACGAUAACGCCCUACCCAGCAUGCACCCCUUCCUGGCAGCAGUGGGGCCCAGCUUCCGUCGAGGUUACCGAAUCAGCAGUUUACAGAGCGUGGACAUUUACCCUCUCAUGUGCCACUUGCUGUCAGUGCCCCCACAGCCCAACAACGGCACCCUGAACCAUUCUCGGUGCCUGCUGGCUGCCGAGACCUGCUGGGACGUUCCCCUGGUGAUCGGCCUGGUCGUGGGCGUCUUACUGGUUCUCACUACAAUCACUGUUCUUUUCAGAUUCCUGAGCCAUCGCCGCCACCUGUCGGGCCCCCGGCCUUUCCAAAGACUGCAGAUUGAGGACGACGACGACGACGACCCCCUGUUGCAGUAAACCGAAACAUUCGGUGUGAAUUUGGGAAUUCAUCCAAAGACCGGAACAUUCCUGAAUGGUGUUUUUAUGACGCAGGAGCGGCUUGAACAUGGUCGAUGACGACAGCCAUCACUUCUACAGCGAGGUCAGGAGAUGUUAGCCAGACAGCCACUACUCUCACCAAGCACACAAACUGCAGGGCAGCUGGUGUUGUUCCUCUGUUUUCUUCCUUCAGUUUGAAAUAUGAGCUCAUGUGUUGAAGCGUAUAUUCAGCAAGUAGCUUCACGCAGCGAGAAUGACCAUUUUAUCAGGACACCAGUAUCAAACCAUGCAGAGAGCUCUGGUUUAAUGUGGCCAGGUUUUGGUAGCUCUGUCUGGAGUGAGUGGAAUUGAAUCUGUGCUGCUCACAGCCUGGUGAGGAACACAGAUAGACAUUUUGUGAAAUGCACUUGUUCACUGUCUUGCCAAAAAGUUGGAAAAGAAAAUGAAUACGAGCCUCGCGUCUCGCAGGCUCAGUGUGGAGCAGCCAGGAGACGGUUAGCCAUGCAGGAAGCUGAAGGAAACAGCUAGCCCGGGCUCUUCGAUUUCCGUAUGGAUUUCACUAAUGAGAUAUAAAAUGUUAAUUUGAGAAUUUUAGAGAUGCUGGUAGGCAGUUAUUUUUAAACUUUGGUCAGAGCCAGACUAACUGUUGCCCCCUGUUUCCAGUCUUUAGUCUGAGCUCAUAUUUUUGGGGAUUUUGCCAGUAGAGUUACUGUCCUGACUUUUGGAGAUGGUCUUUCUUUGCAGUUCAGUUAAAAACAAUGUUUAAUGUUUUGCAGGAA